UUACUGUAUAUAAACAAGUUUACCCUAAUAAAUUUAAAAAAUCUAAUGCUAUUAUUCGUGAAAAUGUUGACCGGAAAAAGCAUAUUGCUGGAAUUAGAAUUCAUGAUACCAUCGAUCAAGUUAAAGCAAAAAUCGAGGAUAAAGAAGGCAUGCCCGCUUAUAUACAACAUCUAAUUUUUGCUGGCAAACAAUUAGAAGAUGGUCGCAUCUUAUCUGAUUAUGAUAUAAAAAAGGAAUCGACACUUCAUCUUGUACAUAUACUGCAUGGUGGUAUGUUCCAAGAAACCAGUGGCCGCAUAGGAUUCGAAGCAUUGCCACCUCUCACCAAAUACAUACAAACAGCCAAAAAAAACCCUUAA